CAAGAGUGCUCCAACUUGUCUAGCUUCUCUUCUCACAAUCACCGCGUGGAUGUGUCAUUGUUUCUAACACUUCGGAGGUUCAUGCCUGCUGAAGCGCAUCGAGGAGAUCUCCAGAGUGCCAAGAGCGUGCCAAGAUACAACUUUUACCCUUCCCUCUACACAACACCUCCACCUCCUCAUUCCCAACGGAUGGCACCGCUGACACUCUCCGCAGCCAAGUCUGUGGGCCACAUGACGGUGCAAGCCACACCUCCACGCCAUGGUCAUGAACCCUCAAAGCAUAUAAAUGAGGGAAGAAAAGGAGAAGAGGAAUCACAAGCUGACCAGACAUGAUAAAGAUGGAGCUCUCCAGGAUUCACUUGUUGCUUGGAGCCGUAGGGUUUCUUCUGUGGACCAGCGGUGGCUCUGCUGCACCCAUGGAGUGCCACUUCAGCUCCAGAGCUCUGUGUGUGUACGAGGGGAGGCACUACUCACUGGGUGAAACCUGGAUGGACGACGCUUGCAUGCAAUGCACCUGUCUGCACCCUGUUGGGGUCGGUUGCUGCGAGACAGUGCAUCGGCCGGUGGAUUUCCCCGCAUGGUGUGAAGUGCAGGUGGAGCCAGUGACCUGCAAAGUGUCUCUCGUCCAGUCAGCUGACCCCCGCCUGACCUGCUCCCCGGGUGAUGCGAACAAGGACCCGAGUCAUGGUUCGCUUCACCUGCAGCAGCAUCUCGAGGGCUAGAACGCAACUAUCACCGAGCAACUCUGCCGCCACUCUGCCUGCCCAUGGAGCCGAUACUCACUACAGUUAGAUAUCCAUAACCAUUACUCAUCUUCAGUAUAUGAAUUAUUCAUAUAGGGAAUAUGAUGCUUAGCAAUUUUUAAGCAAAUGUGCAGCAAUUUACACAAAAUAAUUUGAAGUCUUAACAGAUGUAGAAAAUGUAGGUGCCUGCCUGCUUUAGAAGCAUUUCAAUUUCUAUUUACGCUUUAAUCAGUUAGCAACUUCUCUAAUCACAGCUCAGCUUAUUAAACUCCUUUUAAGUUUACAGGAUUUUAAAAUGCUAAAUAACAUCCAACUUUUAAGUGUUUUUUUUGUAAAGGUCCUGAUAUUAAUCCAACUACUAUCUUUAAUUAACCCACUAAUGACCUUCUGUAAAUAUAUAUGUACUUUAAUAUAAAUGUCUGUUCAGUUUGACCUGUUUGCUGCUGUAACUCAUUUAACCUCCAAAUAAAAGUGUUGUUUACAUGAAGAAAUGACAGAAUAUGAGAAAUUAAAGUCACACUUUUAAUUUUCUCUUACAUCUUGGCUGAGCAUUUUGCUCCAGAUGAAAGAAAAAAAAGAGGUACACAAAAAACAACUAUAGAAGAAAUUGUAGUUUCCAUAAAAUGAGAAGGAACGAGUUUGCAAACAAAUAAAAGAGUCAAAAAUUAAAUAAAUACAUGAAUGCACUGUCUAAAUAAACAGCAGUUUGCAUACUUUUCAUGGUUUCCACCA